UUGACAAAGAAUAACAAAUACGAGUAUAUUAUAAUUGUUUUCGUGUGAAUCGUGCGAGUCGCACAUAUAAGGAAAAUAAUAAGAUAAUAAUAGGCAGCUACUAAUAUAAUCCUGCACUAUGUAUGUGAAAGCUUCUGCAAUAUUGUUGUUGCUGUUUUCCUGCUGCUCUAACUGUCGGGCGCAGUCUGCAGUUAUUGUGCAGCCGUCGGAGAAGCCAGAAAUAACAACACCUAAGAGCAUGUCCACAUCGACUACUAUUGGGUCAAAUACAACAACCACACCUAAGCCGUUGCCUACAACCACGCACAGGCCACAGCCCUUUCCAGCACCUAGCACGGGCAUCUGGAACUCCUCCUGCAUAGCUUUGAGAAUGGCUGCACAGCUUAACUUGACUUAUGAAACUAAAGAUGGAAAAGUUGCCACAGCUCUUUACAACAUACCCAGCGAUGCAAAAGUAGCUGGCGAUGAUUGCAAUAGCGAAACUAUUCAGAGAAUUGCACUUAAUUGGGGACCUGCGCAAACUCCAGCUUCGUUGGCCAUGCAAUUCGAUAAGAAAAACAUGAGCAUUGUGCUCUCCAUGAUCAAGAUAAAUCUACCAAUAACGGGCGACAACUUUCCAGAUGCUAAGGACAACGAAACCGUUCAGUUGCUACACUGGGGCUAUGAGCUGCGCACUCCCAACAAUAACUCGUACCACUGCACACGCGAUCAGCAUUUCAAUUUGACCGAGACAAUACAGGAUACUGAGGUCGUGGGCUGUAUUAGCAUAGGAAAGGUGCAGGUUGAGGCCUUCCGCAGCAAGGACAAAGAUUUCUCAACCGUAUACGAUUGCGACAGCUCUGGAACCUCAAAUGUGGUUGCCAUAGCAGUGGGUGUAUCCCUGAUUGCUCUGAUUUGUAUCGUAUUGAUCUCAUAUCUAUGUGCUCGUCGUUCCACCGCGCGUGGAUAUUUAAGCUUCUAAGUACCGGAAAAUAAUUAGAUUAGUCAAAUGGGUUAUGUGUAAUUAGAGAGAAAUGUAAGAUUGAUUGACAGAAAAAGUCAUCUAAAUUUUAUGUAUGUAUAACCAAUGUAUUGUAUCGUACUUUUCUGUGAUGCUAAAUUCACGAAUCAUUUUU